UUGAGAAUCAGUGACUAUUUUCCUGUUCCCAUAGAGUAUCUUUUCAGCUGUGAUGCUUUCCUCGAUUUACCGCACACCCUCACUGAUGUACAACUGGCAGAAUUCGAAGCAGUUGAUCCAUUUAUUGAGCAGUUCAAUGCUAGUUUGGACAAGCAGAUAGCGAGCUAUGAGCCGCUCUUGCACAAGGAAAACUUCCAGAGUUUGCUGCUGACGAUAUGCAGUGAGGUGGAGAGCCAAUUGGAACGUGUCAUCAUGAAAUGUUCAUUCAAUCGGCUCGGCGGCUUGCAAUUGGAUCGCGAGUUCCGUCAGCUAAGCGCAUAUCUCAGUGGAAUAGCUGGCUGGACAGCUCGAGAAAGAUGUGCUCGCUUGUCCCAGAUUGUUGCUCUCCUAAAUGUGGAGAAUGUGGACGAAGCGAUCGAGUUGAGAGAAGCGACGAGGACUUCGCCUAUAGCCCGCAUGCUGUCGGCAAAUGACACUAUCAAAGUGCUUGAGCUCAGAGUUGAUUUACCAGCUGCAGUGAUACAGAAACUAGAGUUUUAA